AAAUUCCUCCCGAUUUACUAGAUUUUGUAGGGAAAAACUUGUGCUGUGUCGGUCUACAAGAACUAUAUAUAUAACCAACGCAACUUUUUCCUUCCAUCCCCAUCUCUUUCGGCAACCUAUACAUACAAAUAUCAAUUAUAUAUCUGCCCUUUAUCUUCCAUGGCAUCACAAGCCAGCCUUCUUUUGCAGAAACAGCUAAAGGAUCUUUGUAAGAACCCAGUUGAUGGGUUUUCAGCAGGGUUGGUUGAUGAAAGCAAUCUUUUUGAAUGGAGUGUGACGAUUAUUGGGCCACCUGAUACUUUGUAUGAUGGAGGUUUCUUCAACGCUAUAAUGACUUUUCCACAGAAUUAUCCGAACAGUCCUCCAACUGUGAGGUUCACCUCAGAAAUAUGGCACCCUAAUGUUUACUCUGAUGGGAAGGUUUGCAUCUCAAUUCUUCAUCCUCCUGGCGACGAUCCUAAUGGAUACGAGCUCGCUAGUGAGCGCUGGACCCCUGUCCAUACGGUAGAAAGUAUAGUCUUGAGUAUUAUUUCAAUGCUUUCGAGUCCGAAUGAUGAAUCUCCUGCAAACGUUGAAGCUGCGAAAGAAUGGAGAGAAAGAAGAGACGAUUUCAAGAAGAAAGUUGGCAGAUGUGUGAGGCGGUCUCAGGAGAUGAUGUGAACAUGAUGUUUGACCUUAUGUAAGGUUUGGUCCGACAGGUCAGCCUCUCAAGAACAAUCAAAAUUGAAGUGUGGAACUGGCUGUCCGUCGUACUAUUCGUUGCAUUUUUAGGAUAUCCUUCUUUAUAUUCCGUGUCUUGGCCUAUGCUUUCAUACAUGUUCCUUUUGGUUUUUGUUUUGCUUUAUUUGCAGUCAUUUUGUUAUGUUAAAAAAACACAAUGAAGAUAUGUCUUCACCGCAGAAAGGAAUGACUAUCUGAAUUGGUGAUGUUGGUUUUCUUUGUGGACAGCUUUUCCUGUGAACUAUUUGAACUAAAACCUUUUAACUUGCA